UGACACGAUUCUCUUUUAGCAACACGUCCCACAUCUCACGAAGAAGACGGAGGCGUGUAUUCUUCCGGUUUCUGUGACGUUGUUUUGAUCAUACAGCUUCAAAUCAACUAAUCCAAUAAACUGAGUGUUUGAUCGUUUUUUAAUGCUGCAUACGACAUGGCUGUAGCAAUGAGCUCCACCUGUCCUGGGCUGUACUGCGGAAGGACCAACAUAAAUGACUCUCUUGAAGGAGAAUGUGGGGUUUGUCCUCGUGGCCAGAGAACAAACUUUGAAAAGAUAUGUGAGAAAUGCACCGGAUCUCCUGAGCUGUAUGACUGGCUGUACCUGGGCUUCAUGGCGAUGCUGCCUCUGGUCCUACACUGGUUUUUCAUUGAGUGGUAUUCUGGGAAGAAAAGUUCUAGUGCCCUUUUCCAGCAUAUUACCGCCCUGUUUGAGUGUACGGCUGCUGCUAUAGUGACUCUGCUUCUCAACGAUCCUGUGGGCUCUCUUUAUAUUCGUUCCUGCGAGGUUAAGAUGCUUUCUGACUGGUACACCAUGUUGUAUAACCCCAGUCCUGACUAUGUCACCACUCUGCACUGCACGCAGGAGGCUGUGUUCCCUCUGUACACCAUCGUGUUGAUCUACUAUGCCUUCUGUCUGGUUUUUAUGAUGCUUCUGCGACCACUUCUGGUUAAAAAGAUUGCGUGCGGUUUAGGCAAGACCGAUCGUUUCAAGAGCAUCUACGCAGCGCUGUACUUCUUCCCCAUCCUCACUGUCCUGCAGGCAGUUGGAGGAGGACUUCUUUAUUAUGCAUUUCCAUAUAUUAUUUUGGUCUUAUCGUUGGUCACGUUGGCAGUUUAUAUGUCAGCUUCGGAGAUACAGUCUUUCAAAAACCUUGUGGCUAAGAAGAAACGCCUCGUGGUUCUCUUCAGCCAUUGGCUCCUUCAUGCAUAUGGUAUUAUUUCCAUAUCCCGACUGGAUAAACUGGGGCAGGAUUUGCCUUUGUUGGCUCUGGUGCCUGGACCUGCUCUCUUCUACCUGCUGACGGCCAGGUUCACAGAGCCAAACAGAAUUCUGUCAGAGGGUGGAAAUGGACACUGAUGUCACUUCCUGUGUAGGAGAAUCACCUCCCUCAAACUCUAAUGUUAGAGACUUUUAAUGUAAUGACACCUAUGGCACGGACACCAAAGAGCCAUAAACAGAACAUUUAGUCAUAUUGCUUGUGAUAUAGUAUGAUGCCAUAAAGUUUUCUUUACGUCUAUUUGUUUGCUUGUAUUGAACAGAGAUCAAAUGACAUACUUUGUAAAGAAUGUUCUGUAGUAGUCAAUGUUUUUGUAAAUUCAUGUUAACUUAAGUAUAUAUUAUUCAUUUAGGUUUUGAUACUUUUUGUGAUUUGUAUCUGUUGUCAAGAAGAUACAAAUCAACAAUCUGUUGUAAUGUACAAUGUAUUUUUUGUUAUAUGCAUAUAUAUAUGUAUGCAUAUAUGUAUAUAUAUGAAACAGCCGGCCUGUGAAUUUCCUGAGAGCCCUGAAGUAAUGUUAACGAUUUUCAUAUGACAUAAACUUUCUUGUGCCAAAUACAAUUGUAUGUAUUUACGCUUUAUUUUCAUGCAUGUUAAAUGAUAAAAGCUUAACACUAUAAAAGGUAUGUUGACAAUGACAAAUUUGCAUGUGGAAUUAUGAUUGUUUUGCUGCUAUGUAAUUCUGCAUACAACUUGACUAAUGAUUUCUUUUAAGCAUGUAUAUUUAUUAUGUGUAAGUUCAACAGUGAUGUGCGGAAUACAAACUGAUUAGAGAUAUUAAUGUUUUAGAGUUUUAUUCAACGUGAUGUUUUACAUAGUGGUGUGCUACAUCCAUGGCAUCAAAUCUAUAAAAAAGGAAUGUUUGUCAACUGUUUUUACUUGAUGAAUAAAUUAUUGUGCUCAUUG